AAUCUAAUUUCUGGUUCAUUAGGCAAAAUUUGACUAGUUUGGAAUUCCUUAUAUUAAUUACUACAAUUAGCUUUUAAUUAAUUAAGGCAAUUAAAUUAAAUAUAGAAAAAUACAUGCAGAGCAGUUAUUUAUUGAAAAUAUUAUGAUGGGGGAAGGUGGGUAUAAUUUCUGCAAAAAGAAAAAAAGAAAUGGUUUUAGUCAAGACAAGCGCGCGAGCCACGUGGGGGUAGUAUCCAGAAAAUAAGACACGUGAUGGCGGCUGAGCGACGAGUUACGACUCGUGAGUGAGGAGACUAGCGAGUGUAAUUUAUCACGGUUGUCAUGUCACGAGGUGGCGCAAUCAUCAAGAAAUAGACAAAUGAAACGCCACACCAGACCACACCACCUCGUCCGCCAAACUCCACCUUAAACCCCUGAUUUUUCUUGCAUUUUUCGCCAAACAAAAGUGAAAAGAUAUACCGGCUUUGUGUGUGUGUGUGUGUGUGUAAAAAUAUACUAGCUGGGUUUUCUAAUUAAUUACCAGUAUUUCACUUUCAAAACAAGUGUUGGUCACUGCAGAUUGAAAACCACCCCUUUUCCCCACUCCCUCUCUUGCUUACACAUAAAUGGCAAAGAUAAAUGUUGAUAACAACGCCAAAGAUUUCUGCUUUUAAAGAGAUAGAUAGAUAGAUAGAUAGAUAGCGAGAGAGAGAGAGAGAGAGAGAGAGAGAGAGAGAGAGAGAGAGAGAGAGAGAGAGAGAGAGAGAGAGAGAGAGAGAGAGAGAGAGAGAUCCCAAUUCAUAUUUGUUAUAAAGCCACUCAAUUUCUGCAUAUGUCGCCCAAAGUUUCAAUUUUUAUUUUUGGAAAGUGAAAGAAACACACACACACGCACACACACAAUUUUUUGGUCUAAAAUUGAAGGAAAAAAAGAAGUGGGAGAAGAGAUGGGUAUACUGUACGAUGAUGCAGUGUUAAUCAGACAGUCAGAGGAAGAAGGGGAACCUAGUGUAAUCACUGUUAAUUGUCCAGACAAAACUGGUUUGGGCUGCGAUCUUUGCCGCAUAAUCCUCUUCUUUGGACUCACCGUUGUCCGAAUUGAUGUGUCUACUGAUGGGAAAUGGUGCUACAUAGUGUUGUGGGUGUUGGGGAAACCUAGUACGAGGUGGAGUUUGUUGAAGAAGAGACUCAUGGGGGCAUGUCCGUCAUUUCUACUGGCUUGUGGGAUUUCAUUUGACAGGGCUGAUUUACAACCCCCCAAACCCCCUGAUGUUUUCCUAUUGAAGUUCUGUUGUAAUGACCGAAAUGGCCUUUUGCAUGAUGUAACGGGGGUUCUUUGCGAGCUCGAGCUUACGAUAAAGAGAGUAAAAGUGUCGACAACUCCAGAUGGCAAAGUCAUGGACCUCUUCUUCAUAACAGACACGAGGGAACUUCUUCACACAGAGCAGAGAAAAGAGGACACGGUCGACCAUUUAAAAGAUGUAAUCGGUGAUUCCACAAUCACUUGUGACAUACAAAUGGUGGGUCCCGAAAUCGCAUCAUGUUCGUUAGUACCAUCGUUUCAUUCAGACAACACCGAAGGAAUAUUCGAUAUAGAGAUGCUCGAGAAAAACGGAGAAGAUUCUAUCGUAGCCUUUAAACGACCAUCAAUCACAAUGGACAACUUGUUGAGCCCUUCUCACACGCUCGUCCAAAUCGUUUGCCGGGACCACAAAGGUCUACUUUACGACGUCAUGCGAACUCUCAAGGAUUACAAUAUCCAGAUUUCGUACGGGAGAUUCACGGCGAAAGGUAAAACAGAGUGUGAGCUGGACUUGUUUAUAAUGGAGGCAAAUGGUGAGAAGAUAGUGGACCCCACGAAACAGAAUUCGUUGAAGUCUCGUUUAGAGGUGGAAUUGAGUCGUCCAAUCAGAGUGUCGUUGAUAAGCCGCGGGCCCGACACUGAACUGAUAGUUGCGAAUCCGGUAGAGUUAGCUGGCAAGGGGCGUCCGAUGGUCUUUUACGAUAUUACAUUGGCUCUCAAGAAGCUAAAUAGAUCGAUCUUUUCGGCUGAAAUCGGGAUAUAUGGGAUCGGUGAGCGUGAGUGGGAGGUUUAUAGAGUGUUGCUCGACGAAGGAGACGGGAGUUUUGUAUCGAAGAAGGAGAUAGAAGAGACUGUUUGGAAGAUGUUGAUGACUUGGGAGUAAUAACUAGUGAUGCUGCUGUAUGUAUAGAUGUAUCUAUAGUUCAGUUCUUUUAUAAGCUUGCUACAAGAUGUACAUAUUUUAUAUAUACUGUUAUAUAUAAGUCUGUGUAUAUAUGAAAAAAAGCUUAUUUUC